AUGUCAUUGAACGUACCUGAUAGUGUUCCGCAUCUAGCUCCCAUUCACUCCAAAUCGAAUCGACAAUCAGCAGCGACACACCCAGGCAGCAGUUCUGGAAGUUCAAAUGGUGGCCAUAAUUUGGGCCUCUCACCAGCCUCAUCAACGAUACCACACAGUGUAAACACCGCAACAUUGUUGUCGAAUGCAGUUAGCCCAUCAACAUCAUCGUCAUCCUCGGUGGGAACAGCUCAUUUGCCUACGGCCCAAUUUGUGGUUAACGACAAGGAUGCUGCUGUUCAAGAAGUUCUAAAACAUUUCUCAGCCGCAGCUGCUGCUGCAGCGGCAUCCGUUGUGGAUGAUGAUUUAGGAGAUUCUUAUCAAAUUAUAAAUGAUUUGAAGCGGGAAGUGAAUCCCUCAAUUGGACAAGGGCCACAGACUCUACCCACACCACCACCUCCGCCAUCCUCCUCUUCCCCUGGAAAUGUCAAUUACCCUUGGAAUAUGUUCGAGCGACCAUCAUACUACAAUCCCAUGCCAUUACCACCCAUGUCACCAAUGGCAGCCCUAUUUCCUCACCUCUUCAAUCCCUUUGAAAGCUAUCACCCUUCUCCGUUUCCGGUGACACCACGUUUUAUGCCCUUUAUGAGUUAUGCCCAACCGAUAUUGGUACCCUAUCCCUUCUAUAUGGCACCGGAGAUGUUUUAUCCAGGCUAUUCAGCUCCCUCUACACCCUUGCCCUCUGAAUAUGAAGAUUCCAUGUCUCGUGGUGCCGGCUCCGGCAGAAGACCUUCAGCUUCUUCAUCCACCUCUCACCCAUCCUCUUCUAACUACCCACGUAAUUCACCCAUAUACUAUGUACGUUUACCUCCCACACCCUACAUGUUUUUGCCAAGUUUGGGUUUAGGUGCUGCCACCUCACCCGGAUAUUCGGCUAUGUUACCCUAUCAAUCGCUACCCUCAUUCCCACCCUUCUCGCCGGUAUUCAAUGUCCCUAUCAACUUUUUGGCAAACGGAAAACCGGGUAAUGUCUAUCAAAUUGGUGGGUCACCCAAUGAUUUGCAGUAUCCCAAUGUACCACCAAAUUAUCCUAGCCGUGUAUCUGCCGCACCAGCACCACCUCCUCCACCACCACCCGCACAUUCAUUUGCCAAUGGAUAUAGGCCCACAACUUCGACUCAUAAUUAUUUUAAUAUACCACCCAGCUCUGGAUCAUCACAUAAUUAUGCUUCAUAUUCACCACCAGCAUCGCAGGCUCAGUCUCCCGGGCCCGCCGUUCAGCAUCAACCGGAUUCGAAAUUAACGUCAUUGAAGCGUCCAUAUUUGUUUAAUGGCCGCCCUGAGGAUAUCUACAUUUUACCAAAUAAUUUCAAUCCAUUGUACUCUUCGGAAAAUAGUUAUUAUUAA